GGAGAGAGCCAUGGAGAGGCUGCUGUCGGGGCUGCUGCUCUUGCUCCUGCUCCUAGGAGGCAGCCAGCCCUGGCCCAGGGAAGAAGAGGAGGAGGAGGCAGCAGCAGCAGGGGCCCCAGUCCGCCUCUGUGGCCGAGCCUUCAUCCGCGCCAUCAUCUUCACCUGCGGAGGCUCCCGCUGGAAGAGGCUGCCCUCCUCCCCCUCGCAGCCCCAGAGGGAGCCCCCUGAUUUUGUUCAAAUCAGCAGCAACAAAGGACCAGAGAACAAUAAUUUGCUGUCAGUUUUGGAUCCUAUGUUGGAACAAGUACGAAGUAUCAACAAGCCAGCUGAGCAGCAGUUGCCAAAAGACUUGUUUCAUUUAUAUGACGACUAUAUUGAAUCUGUUCCUGCUUCUGAUAACUUAAUUGAAUACAUUCGUCAAUUAGGGGAUGCCGCCCACAAAAGAGGAGCUGAAAUUGGGCUGGUCAAUUCGAAAGGCUUGAAUAACUUUCCCUGGGUCAAAUACCCUCGAAGAAAGCGUGAAUCUUCUGCCACAGUGUCUGAAAUAUGCUGCAGAUUUGGAUGUACCCAAACUGACCUUAGCAAACUGUGCUGAAAAUGUACACAUUUAGCUUUUCAAGAACAGAGAUUUACUGUUAGUUAGUAGUGCUACUUAACUUAAUAUUAUACAGCUAUUGUAUAUAUACCACAUAUACAGUACUAUGUGUAAGGGAAAAGGGGCUGCUGCUUCUUGAUUUUGUACCUUGAGUAACAGUUGAUGCCUUUGUUUCUUGAACCCAUACCACAGAUACACACAAAGAAUUGUCAUUAGAACUAUGUUUUGUGUUGAUCACAUUUGCUCAAUUUUACUAAAAUAUUGAAAUUUUCUCCUAAAAUUA